AUGUUGCCUCAGUACAAGGACCAGGUGCUGCUACAGAACACAGCACCCACUGGGUGCUCCCCUCAGGGCCCCUCACCACUUGUGAACUCCCUUCAGCCCAGCCCUCAGCCUCUGCCUCCCUAUCAGUAUAGGGACACUGAGUCCCCUGGGGUGGGAGGGGAAUGCAUUGCAAAAGAGAGGGAUCCUUCAGAGUUCAGGGACCUGGGAGCCCUGGUGAAGGCCCUAGUUGCCCAUCUGGGGCACCGUCGCAUUGCAUGCGACCUGUGGCUACUGUUUUUGCAGCAUAUAUGGCUAGGCAUUAAUGGCAGGGCCCCAGUUGUGGAGUAUCCUGUAUGCCUGGUGUGUGUCCGGUCCUGUGGCCCCUCUUGCCCUGUCCCCAGUUAUGGGACUGAACCCCGGCUGCUUGCCUUUCAUGCAUGGGGCCAGGAAUGCAGGCCACUCCGCAUAGGCAUUGGCUUUGGCCUCCGUCUGUCUCGGGGCCAGGCCAUAGACAUGCAUCUGUUGCCAGAAAGAAGGCCAGAGGAGGAAGGGCCUCAGGGCAAGGCCACUCAGGCCCAUGGGUGUCAAAUGCAUGCAUCUCAGUCCCCAGUGGUUCGAGCCUCAGUGGCUCAGACCAGGGCAGAUCCAGCCCCAGGCACACCUUUCCAGACAGGGAGCCUCAGGUCUGUAAGCCCUCUCUCACCAAAUUCCAGCUUUUCAGGGCCUCCUCCUCAGGAACCAAAGGAGACCAUGGUCUCCCUGAAGCCCAGGCCUUCCUCCGCCUGAAGAGGCCUGCUUCUCCAGAGUAGCCACCCUAGUUCCAGACCCAAGGAAGCUUCCUGGAGCACCUCCUCUGAACCCUACCAUCUCUAUUAGGCCCCAGGUCUCAGGGAGCCCUCGAGACACCGUGAUGGGCUGGCUGACUGGAGGUCAGGCAUGUUCUCCAGCCUUAAUCCCUGGGAGCCCCUUAUGGAGUCUUCUCUCUCCUAGCUAAAGAGG